AAGAUACCCCUCAAAUCCUGCCACCCACGGUGAGGAAAUUCAGUCAAACACAAGGACAAAUACCGUAAACUUCAUAAAAAGCCGAGCCCGGUCCUGCUUCUUAAAACCCGACUAGGAUGGGAAAGAUGAAGAACAAGCCGCCCGAUUCAUUCAAGUUCCGAGUUUAAUCGCUCGUAGAAAGAGCACUUGUUUUGAUCUUCACUAUCUUACAUUUGAUCGUUCGUUGAGGAUUUAUUUCUUCUCCAAAUUUCAGAUUGAGGAUUCGCGUGUUCGUCGUUGUUUUGAUGUUUUUCGGUGUUUUGUGGUUCUUUGAAUCGGUUUUGCAAUUGAAUGUUGUUGGAAUUUGAUUCUGCGAUGGAAACAUUAGUGAUUGUAGAACAGUACAGAGAUGAGUUCUGCUAUUUGGCCAAGACUCUAGAAUCGGAUCGAUUAGGGAAUUUGACGAUUAAAGAAGGAAAACGGAAAAAUCAAUUUCGCCCUAAUCCAUUGAAGAUUUCUUCGAUUCCUGUUUAUCUUUUUUCUUCCCCCAGAACACCGCCCCCUUCCGCUGAUUAUAACUGCACGCCGAUUUCAACAAUUUCGAGAAGUGCCGUAAUUUCGAUUAAUAGGGAAAUUUGUCGAAGAGAGGAGAGCAAUGAAUUCGAUGAACAUUGCUGUUAUGAGAGGUUAUCCUUUCCUGAGCUUUGGGCUGGACCGACUUACUCAAAUUCACCCCCGGCAAGUUCACUGCCGAUGCCCAAAUUUUCAAUGCCAGGAAACAGAACUGUGUCACUCGAAUUUCCCACCAAUUCAGCUGCGGAAUCAGUUGAAAAAAUUCACCCAACUUGGGGCCGCUAUACUCAUCCUUCUACACGAGAGCCAUUCCAUGGUGCUGAUUCUGCAACAAGAACACUUAGACGAAUCCUUAACCUUGAUAUCGACUCUGAAUGAAUGAAUGAAUGAUGUUUCAGUGAGCAUCAAGCUCACUAAAUAUAAUGCAAGAUCAUUGGUAGGAUAUAGAAAUUUGAUUCUCUUUUAAGUUUUUGAGAAGUGGGAUUUGUAGCUGAUGGUAGAUAUUCACAGCUUUAUUCGAUCUCAAGGUUCUUGAACCUGCGAAGAGUUGCUUAGAUAUAGAGCUUGAUUGAAGCACUGAACAGGGGUAAAGCAGCAAGGAAUCCAGCUACACCUCAAACUUGUUAGAAAAGAAGAUGUAAAUUCUGAACUCUUAUCUUCUUACUUAAUCUUCUUGUUCAUUAUACACUUUGAGAGCUCAGAUUUAGGCUUGUAAAUGAAAUGUAGCUUAGAGAAAUUCGAGGUUUCUUUUCGAUUCCUUCAAGCUAUACACUACCCUGUUUGUUUAUACUUUCUA